GUAAGUCCAAGUCAUCGCCGCAACAAAUCUUUCUACAAUCGGAAAAGUCGACGAACACUAGGGUCGUAAAUGGAAUUAGACUUGCUAUCUGCGCUGUUCUGUUCCUCUGUUUGCUGAGCUUUUCUCCGAGGGAUGUCAAUAAUGGGAUCCUUAGUCGGUUUCAUGCAAACCAUGUCGACUGGUACGAUACUGGUAGAAGUAGAACUGCUUUAAUGGUAAAGGCCAAGGAACUUUGUCCACAAGUCGAGCCAGUCGAGCCUCCUUCCGUACAUAGAGAUAUGUUUAGGGAAUUGGAAGGGAUGUUUUGGACUGAGGAGUUCCGAUUACAUGCGUAUGAGUCGCUUGGUGGGGCUGUUCGAGUUCCAACAGAAACUCAGGAUGAGGAGAAACCGCCAAACAAAGAUCCAGAGCAUUGGAAACCGUUCGAAGAGCUUCAUGCUUAUUUGGAGAGGCGAUUUCCUCUCAUGCAUUCAAAUUUGAGUGUGACGAAAGUCAACUCGUUUGCCUUGAUAUUCCAUUGGCAGGGUUCGGAUAAGAGUCUGAAGCCGAUUUUACUGACAUCUCAUCAAGACGUUGUCCCAGUGGAUCCGGAGACAGCCUCGCAAUGGGUACAUCCACCUUUCUCCGGACACUUUGACGGUGAAUGGAUUUGGGGACGAGGUAGUUGCGACGACAAGUCCGGAUUAAUAGCCAGCAUGACUGCAGUCGAGACAUUGCUUUCUAUUGACUUUCAGCCGGAGAGAUCCAUCGUUCUCGCAAUGGGCAUCGACGAAGAACGGGGUGGGGUCUAUGGUGCUACGGCAAUAAGAGAUCAUCUCCUCUCAACAUAUGGCAAGAACGCGUUUUCCAUCCUUAUUGAUGAAGGAGGUGGGUAUUCCGAGAAAUUCGGGGCGACGAUUGCCACUCCUGCUGUGGCGGAGAAGGGGAAGCUGGAUGUGCGGGUACAGAUAUCGACUCCUGGAGGACAUUCGAGUGUUCCACCUCCGCAUACGAGCAUCGGCAUACUUUCUCGUCUAAUAACAGAACUCGAAGACAACCCACAUCCGACGCAACUGAGAAGGGAAGGGACUUACUAUCAGCAAUUACAAUGCCUUGGCGAACACGCACCUUCCCUCCCAGCCACUCUCAAGAAGCUAAUCAAAGCAUCUCUCCAUGAUAAUACCGCACUGAAGCAGCUCCAAAAUGAGCUUGAGAAGAAUUUCCGUGAGGCUAGACCUAGUACAGGAACUACGCAGGCGGUCGAUAUUAUUCACGGCGGCGUGAAGAGCAACGCUCUUCCUGAACAAGCUUAUGCCAUUGUUAACCACCGAAUCGCCGAUUAUAGUUCUGUAGCCGAGCUAGAGGCGCGUUUUACGAGCAUCGUCGCCCCGUUAGCCAAGCAAUUUAAUCUUUCACUGGAUGCUUUCGGUGACGAUUCUUUGUCGCUGGACUUUAAGGAUGCGAAUGGUCAUGUAGCGCUUUCCGAUGCGUACGGUAGUGCUCUCAACCCUGCUCCUGUGAGUCCGACGUUUGGGAACGGUCCAUGGGACCUUCUAUCAGGAAGUAUCCUGUACACAUUCAUGACGAACCAGAGAAGCUCAGACUUGUCUGAGUCUGAGAAGUUCGCUGUGGCGCCGGGGUUGUCGCUAGAUACGAGGUAUUACUGGGACUUGACCAAGCACAUAUUCCGAUAUGGCCACCUCGGAGCUUCAGAUCGGUACAACGGAGCCCAUACAGUCAACGAAGGUGAGCCAUGA